ACAGUUACACAGCGGAAGACGCCACUUCCUCAAAAAGACAUAACAGACUCGUUGCAAACACCUCCAACUGCACGACGCAGGUAAACACACUCGCACACGGCUGUACAUCUGUAUCCGUCCGUGCUCUCCUGUCAUCAGGAUGGAGGCGUUCAGCUCGAAGGACAUGGCCAUGAAGGCCCAGAAGAAGAUCCUCAGUCACAUGGCCAGUAAGUCCGUGGCUCAUAUGUUCAUCGAUGACAACAGCGGCGAGGUUCUGGACGAGCUUUACCGCGUCUCCAAAGAGCACUCGGGGAACCGCACUGAGGCCCAGAAGGUGGUGAAGAACAUGAUCAAGAUCGCCGUGAAAGUCGGGGUUCUGUUCAAACAUGACAAGUUCAGCGCGGAGGAGCUGAGUGUGGCACAGGACUUCAGGAAAAAACUCCAUAAUGGAGCCAUGACGGCCAUCAGCUUCCAGGAGGUGGAGUUCACCUUUGAUAAGAACGUGAUGAUGGAGCUGCUGUCCGAUUGUCGUGAUUUACUGCUGAAGCUGGUGGAGAAGCACCUGACACCCAAAUCUCUGGACCGCAUCAGACACGUGUUCAACCAUUACUCUGACCCAGAGCUCCUCACACACCUGUACGACCCUCAUGGCACACUGUGGCCGAAUCUCAGCAAGAUCUGCAUCGGUCUGAACCGCAUGAUCGAAGAGGGCAAGCUCUGAACACAGAGAGACGCACUGGACUGAAAGACUGGCCUUCAGAGCUUCUGAAGACAGAGACACUGAGCUCAGGGAAGCAGUGAGACACUGGCCUGGACACAUCUCUCAUGUCUGAUUGAGAGAUUAGCACUAAACACGACAAGAACACAUGCAGCUAAUGCUGCACACAACAUAAAAAGGAAGAUUUAAAGGGUCCACCCAAAAAUCAGAAUUCUGUCAUUGUUUACUCUCCUCAUUCUCAGAACGUUCUGGAAAGUUCAUCUCAAAGUUAUGAGCUAACAUUCUUCCAUUAGACUUAAUUCAAAGUUAUGGUCUGUAAUAACAGUGGAUGUUUUGAUUGUUCAUAAAACAGUCCCUUAAUGGAAAUAUUUGCAAAACGUUCUUCUGUGCAACUCAAAGAAGUAAAU